GAAAGAAAAGAAGCACAAAAGGAAGAACAAAAACACGAAAAACACAAAAUAAAGAGAAACACAGAAAAUAAAAUCAAUACCAAAACCAAAUAUCAUACUUGCCUUCCCCGGCAACGGCGCCAAAUUUGUUGUGUACAAAUUAUUAUUAUUUAUCGAGCACCAAAUCGAAGGAUUCGUUUCUCGGGUCGAUCGAGGAAGGCGGUUCGGAAUUUAGGUUCGAUAUUGAUAACACAUAAAAGCAAAGAAAAUCCUAAACAUACUAAUCUUUGUAUUUGGUGUUGGUUUAGGAUU